UGUCAACGGAAGAGAGUGGUCUUGGCGGUUCUUCCUUGUUGUAGUAUAGUUUUUGUGGUGAAUUGCAUUGGGAGAGGUCGUGCGAAGUAAAUAAAAAUGUCGUUCUCGUUUGGGACACCGAAAACAGAUGCACCGGCACCCAGUUUCAGUUUCGGAAACGCUGGCGGUGAUGCCAAGACGAAGGCCUUUGGAACUCCAGCUGCUGCCGCCCCGCAGGCCGGUCUGAACUUCAGUUUUGGUUCCGGAACACCAGCCAAACCUGCAAGUUCUUUCACUCUAGGGGCGUCUCCAGCGCCGAGUUUCAAUUUGUCUGCCGUCAAUAAACCCGCCCCCAGCUUCAAUUUGGGCGGAGCUGCAGCCUCGACGCCGGCACCGUCAGUUUUUGGAGCUGCAGCAGCAGCUCCGACGCUAAACUUCGUGCCACCCACUCAGCAGCAACCGGCAUCGUCUGGGUUUGUUUUAGGCGCGGCGGCGACACCUGCGGCCAGCGCCGCAACACCUAGUUUCAAUUUGGGCGGAGCGGCGACCAGUACGGCAACGCCCACCUUCAGCUUGGGGGCGGCGAACACUGCAGCUCCGUUAGCCUUUAACUUAUCCAAACCAGCCACGACUCCGGCGUCUUCGACUAGUGGAUUCAGCUUAGGCGGAGCUGCGCCUACACCAGCUGCGACCGCCGCCGCCGCUCCCGGUUUGGGUCUAGGUAAAAGCACCUUAUCUUUUUCGAUGCCGAGCGCGACCGCAGCGGCCACAACGUCGGCAGGUUUCUCAUUGGGGGCGGCGACAACCACCGCGACGACGACUUCGUUGCCUAGCAGCCUGACAAGUGCGAGCGUUGUUCCGCCCACCGGGACGUUGACGUUCGCACAGUUGGAGGACGCCAUCAACAAGUGGACCAUAGAUUUGGAGGAGCAGGGCAAGCUUUUUGGAAAUCAGGCGAAGCAGCUGAACGCCUGGGACAGACUGCUCAUCUCGAACGGGGAGAAGGUGCUUUCAUUGAAUAACAGCAUCGAGAGGGUGAAGCAGCAGCAGCAGAAUCUCGAUCAGGAAUUGGAUUUCGUGCUGGCGCAGCAGAAGGAACUCGAGGAUCUUAUUGCGCCGCUGGAGAAGGAACUGAACGAGCUGCCGAUCACAGAUCUGGACAGGAAUCACACGUAUCAGUUGGCGGAAACCAUGGAUACGCAAUUGAAACAAAUGUCGGAGGAUCUGAAGGAGAUCAUCGAACAGUUGAACGAAGCCAACAAAACGCAGGAGCUGUCCAAUCCGAUCACCCAGAUCGGGAAGAUCCUGAACGCCCACAUGAAUUCGCUGCAGUGGAUCGACAGAAAUACAACGAAGAUCAGCACGCAUCUGGAUCAGGUCACGAAGAUGCACGACAUCAAUCGGAGGAGUCACGAAAAGAGUUUCCAGAGGACUUACGAUUGAUUUUUAACAUUCUUCAGUUUAUUUUUUUAUAUACCACCUAUAUUAUUAUUAUUAAUAAAGAAAGAAGCAAAGAUAUUGAAUUGUUCCGAGUUAUUUAAGUUUAUAAGAUGAUACUGAUAAUAAUAAUAAAGGAAGUUAUUUAAA